UUUAUUUAUUUAUUUAUGUCAUGUUAUCGGUCGAUAGCGGCCUCUCAUUUCGCGCAGUGAAUUUGAGUACCGAUUUUUUAUUUAUUUAGGUCGCGAUCUACUAUUAUGACCGUUCUAACAAAACCAAGUAUUAUCAUCAAAAAGCCAGACGGCACAAAAUCUCCACUAGUGGUCGAAGACUCGACUUGCGAUGAGGAGAAAGUAGAUAUCUACCCGGAGGCGUCGGCGCCGGAGUACCACCGCCACCGGUCCGCCAGCGCGCUGCUCUGCAUGUCGCUGCUGGCGGUGUCGGUGGCGGUGGCCGGCGUCACCUGCGGCCUCAUGCUCUACCGCCAGUACCUGCGCACCGCCACCAUGCGCCGCUACCAGGGGUUCUGCUCCAUACCCAUUCAACCUGACUUGAUACAAAGCGGGCAACUGAUCGAGCCACGAUACCGCGAGCACGCUGUGAUGCCGCUGCAGUGGUCAUCGGAGCCGGACGUGCAGAUCUUCAGCGUGGACAACGGCGCCAACGCGGCUGACGUGGCCGGCGCGCUACGCGAGGAGUUCGACGUGAACGCGCGCGUUGAGACCAUCCGCGUUUACGACAACGGACGCACCAUCAGCUUCAUGCAUGACUUUGAUGACAACGUUACUGGUAUUAUAGACAACGACCGUUGCUUCGUAAUGGACCUGGACCCGAUGCUGGUGUUGACACCGGACAUGCUGGUGUUCGGCAUCGAGCACGGCGACGAGUUCGACGUGUCGCGCGUGCACUCCACGGUGCGAGCCGUGCUGCCCGCGCUGGAGGAGCUGGCCCGCCAGGCGCGCAUGCUGGUGGAGCGCUGCUACGGCAAACCCACGUACCGCCUGCAGAAGGAGCCCGCCAGCGUCAUCCGCAAGCGCUCAAUCGACGGGCUGCCUCACGACUACAUCCACUUCGCCGGGAAGCACAUCCAAGAGAUAGAGAUCUCCAACCUGGCUGACCUGCUGGAGUACGAGCAGGAGAAGGCGGCUGCGCAGUAGAUCUGCUGCCCGCUAUAUGCCCACUACUUGAACUGUGGAUACAGGAUUCGGGCAAGCAGACUUCGGAAUGGCAGACAGCGAGUUGAGGCUGUUUAAGGUGAUAUUUUGCCUAAGAAGAAUCUCUUUGUUUCUUGUUUUUAAUAUAUUUCUAGACAAUAAGCGAUUUACAAAAAUCACUUAAUUGGCUAUAGCUCAAAGGGCUACCUAUUAUUACCCGAAAAAGCAAAUUUGCCAAAAAAAAAGAAUAUAUAAAAGUACGUAAAAGUAUUUCUAACUACUAAGUACACAUACAUUCCUAAACAAAAAUAAAUAUUUUUUAAAUUUUAGAUCUCAUAUUUUUUGAAUUAUGAAUCAAAUCGUUUAUCAUUUUUUUAUAAAUAUCAAUUUGGUUUCUUAUUUUUUUAAUUAAGCAAAUUGUGGAAAAGUGACGUAAAGUUGGUACAUUCUUGUGUCCACAUGUCAAGUGUGAUAUAAAACAUUAUUAUUAGCCAUCUAUAUUAGUUAAACUAGGAUAUGACAUAUAUUGCAUUCGUCUUUGAUCAUAAAUGUUAAGUGUCCAUAGAUUUUGACUUAGCAUAUGUCACAAUAUAUAAAAAUAUUUUAAUCGACUAGUAAUAUAAUUGUGUAUGCAAAGUAAUUUUGCUGUAUUUUGCACGUAAUGUAUUUAUAUCAAUGCAAUGGUGUUUAUCAUUUAAAUUUAGUGCCGUAAUGAAGCAUUUCAUUUUGUCGUCAACGACAGUUUAGCAUUUCAUUUCAGAAUUAUGUUACCUCGUAUGACGGCGCCCUCUUGUGUUUACAAGAUGCACGUGAACUACACACACAGCUGUUUAACGGGCACUUUGUUCACAAGCAAGUGAUGUGUACAUCAUACUCUCUUUAUGAGGCGAGCAUAAUCGAGACAAGUAUCGGUUAAAUUCACCAUCAAGACCCCCCGAUACAGACAAGUCUGCUAUUGUGUAUCGCUCCAUUUUUAAGAUAUUACGUUGUACACAUUGAAGACUUCUAGAAAUGUCUGCACUCGAGGCCAAAGUGACCGCAUGUGAAGUAAAGUAUAGACACCUCUCCUUAUGCUUUCCUUUUCCAUUGCCAAGUGACUUGCCUCCAGUGCAGGGACGUGACGGAAGCUGCUGAAUACGGGGAAAGUGAGCCCGUAGUAAGAUAGGGCCUAUGCCACUAGCUAGUUAGGCUUGUUCUUUCUAGCGCCACGCGCACUGACCUCGCAUUCCAAGAGUAUGAAAUCCCGCUAUGGGCAUAACUCUAAACUGACGUGUCUGAUUACAAGGUGAAAGCAAGCGUAUGGUAAUGUCUUGUCUGUAUAUACUACCAUCGCCGCUCAGACCUGAUAUACGCCAUCGCGACGUCACUGUCUUUGUUUUCAGAAAGUUAGGGAGAUAUUGUUCGCAUCCCGUUAUAGAUUUCUGAAAUCGAGGCGCUGGUAAGUGAUAAGUAAAGCCUUGUGUACCACCGUAACUGUAACCUGACUUGACUUUUCUUUACAACGUUUUUCGACUUCAGAGACCUUGAACAGUAUAAUGUGCCCAUCGCGUUGAAUUUCUGUAUUUUUUGUUAUCGAAGCGACCGCGACUGCUUAGUUUUUCUAUAGCGAAGGCAUUCGCUUCGACUGCAAGAGAUAUUAAUAGCAAUGUGCCUACCACGCUAAUGUAGAAUGUUUCCACUGUGAAGCGCCUGCGAGUGCAAAGCAAAGUCCAGCCUAAUACCACGUUUGACUUUUCUAUUGCAACGUUUUGUGCCUCGCUUGGGAAUAUCCUACCAGUCGCACGUAACUUCUCGACCUAUCAGAACUUAAGGCGAAUGCACAAACUAAAGUCAUGUCUAACUUUCUCCAUUGUCCUGACAUGCCUUGAUUUUGCCACAUGAUUCGCCUGUCGUUCUCGGACGUCGGAUUCUGGAGACUUUGUGGGUGUUAUGAUUGAUGAUUAUUGAGGUCUGCAGCCUUCAAUCUUGAUUUGACACUCCCAACAAGUCGCAAUGAUAUACAGGAAAAUCAAAGUCAUAUUUAUUCGACACAGCGUCCUCUUGUGACACAAAAGCGCGUGUUAUAAACGAUCUACACGCAGGAUAAUUGUCCUGGCAUAUUACACCAGUCGCUCUAAACUUGUGAUGUUUGGUUAGCAGGUGAUAAGAGUAAAGUCAAGUCGACCUUGCUAACGUCAUUUUUGGUCAGACUUGGCUUUUACUAGGUUUUUCACCUGAUGCUCAUAUAUCAGGAAGUUAGUGCGAGAUUCUUUUUGUGAUAUUUUUGGCUUCGUAAUAUAUUAUAUUUUUAAGUACAGUAUUUUUGCAAAUGGUACCAAAGUUUCAUGCAUUUCAUAUACACAUAAUGUUAGUUCUAAUCGUAUUGUCGAAUUAUUAUUAUAAUAGGAUGACUGUAAGGUUACUAUAACUCUUAAUAUUAUAUAAUAGUCGUUUAAAUUCUCAACAUUUAGGUAUUUAAAUAAAUAAUCGGACUUGAUGAUCUAUUAGUUUCUCUAACUUAUAUCGUCACCGUAAAGUGGUUGAACAGUUUUAAAUGUUUUACAAAAUAAUGGUUUAAAAUUGAUCAACAACUUGACAAGUAAAUCUCUUAUUUCAGGGAAUUAAUAUAAAAUUACAAUUAUAUUUUUCUUUACAUAGUUAGGUGUUCUUAAUGUUAGAUCAUAUUUAGUCAUAAAUGGAAUUGUAUUUUUCUUUCUUUGUAUUACUAAAAAUGCAGUGGUUUUUUUAGUGACAGUGCUGUGGCGUAACCGGUCUAGAAGUAUCCACGAAUGAAUGAGUUCGCGUCACUAGAAAAACUAUUGUAUUUCUCCUGCACUAUAUAAUAAAUAUAAUCAUGAAAUAAAAUAGAUUACACGAUAAAAUAGUGAACAAAUAGUUUUAGUUGAGAAUUGAUUUUAUUUUAAGCUUACUGCUGUCAUGUUUUAUGCAACAAUAAAGGUUCUAAAAUGUCA